UCCAUCAUCCCUUACCUUUGAUCUACACUCUACAACCUAAUACAAACAGCUCAUUUUUCUCUAUUUUUGAGCUUCAUUUCAAGCACCAUAAAUUUUCCUUUAGUUUUCAUCAUGCUAGAAGGCAAGGCUGUGAUUGGUGAGACUGACAUGCUUCAAACUAUGCAGCAAGAUGCCCUGGAUUUAGCAUCCAAAGCUCUUGAUUUCUUUGAUGUCACUGAGGCCAUUGAGAUUGCCCGAUUUAUCAAAAAGGAAUUUGAUAGGAUGCAUGGACCUGGUUGGCAAUGCAUUGUAGGUACUGAUUUUGGUUCAUUUGUGACACACUGCUUUGGAUGCUUCAUUUAUUUUUGUAUAGGUAGCAUGGCCAUUUUGCUCUUUAGAGGCUCUGCUGCUCCAGAGGCAGAGGAAAAUCAGUUCUCAGCAAUAGAAGCAGCCAAAGCAUAACUUAAUUUCCUAAUUUCCCCUCUAAUUAGACUCUUUAUGUAUGUAUCUUUGUUUAUUGUGUGUAAUAUAGUGCAGAAAUAUGUCAUGGCCUCAAAAUAAUAGUGUAGUAAUAAUUGCUAGAUGUCUCAUAAUCUCAUUGUAUAUCAGCUUGCUCUUGGGGAUAUAAAUAGCAGCCCAGGCCACAAUUAAUAGUUAAUUUUGAUCAAAAA